GGUCAUGUUGGUACAACAGCAACCAAAAAAAUUGAUGUCUACCUCCCGCUGCACGCAAGCCAAGACAAACUACAGCCCAUGACCGUUGUGACAAUAGCCAAUGCCAAGGUGCAUGACCUGAUUGGACUAAUAUGCUGGCAAUAUACAAGUGAGGGACGGGAACCAAAACUGAACGACAACGUCAACGCCUACUGCCUCCACAUUGCUGAGGAUGACGGGGAGGUUGACACGGAUUUCCCACCCCUGGACUCCAACGAGCCCAUUCACAAGUUUGGGUUCAGCACUCUGGCGCUGGUUGAGAAGUACUCGUCCCCCGGCCUGGCCGCCAAGCAGUCGCUCUUCGUGCGCAU